AGACCGAUCGUUCGAAGACCAUCUUUGCUGAAGCAUCAGAAGAGCGAUAAUUCGAUGAUUGAGACGGUUGGUUAAACAAGCAAUCGAGGCAUACCGCCGAACUAUAUGCCCAAGGUAAUCGGGAUGGCUGGGGCAUUACAUAAUGUUCAACACAAAUAACGGUUGCAUGGAGUAAUAACUGUUUUUUACUCACUCGUUUCUCGUCCUUUUUCUGUUGAACUCACACAUUCUCUCGUACAACGCAUAGAAGCAAUGUUCAUGUCGCUUCGCCCUCACCUAUCGCUAAGCGCCCUGGUCACUUCUGCGACACCACCCAGUCGUACAGCGGUUACCAUGAAGCGGCGCAGCAACGAAGCGCAGCAACAUGCUGCCUAAACGCCUCAAGUCAGUGUCUCUUAUAGCUAUCCAGCGUCUCAACCAUGUUGAGACGACCGUCCAUAUGCAAUGUUUAUUCUUCUAUCGUAUUUCUAUCUCUUCGUUCCUACAUCAGCAGCGCCCAUAACAACCUGCAACUCAACCACUUCCCAAUACGACAAGCUCUCUUCCUCGCCCACUGAACUCGUAGGAUGGACCGAAGCACCCCAGAUUCGAGGCACAUUCGACAUCCUACUCUCGUGUCUCACCACGCUCUCGCUAUGCGCCUGGACAGCAUACCAUCCGAAUGUGCAGGCGACGCAGUCUGAAUGGAAGAAGAUUAGCCAUCGGCUGAUGUGGAUGUGUGUUGCAGUAUUUUUGCCCGAAGUAGUUUUGUUCUGUGCUUGGGAGCAGUGGUGGGCUGCCAAAAAGCUUCGUGACACGGUCAAUGGGUUGGGAAAGCGCGCCUUUGACGGGGUGGGUAUCGUGGAAGAAGAAGAGGAGAAGUGUGCAGUGUGCAAAGUCAUAGUGGACGAGCAGACACCUCCUUCUGAAGACGAUGAAAGCGCCCCACGCACAUCCCACGACAGCAGACAAUCCCACGACAGCAGACAAUCCCACGACAGCAGACAAUCCCACGACAGCAGACAAUCCCACGACAGCACACCAUCAGUAAACACCCAGCACCCACCCACCCCAACACCAACAAAAGUCGACCAAAAGCCCACAGCGAAAACAAAAAAACACACAACUUUCACACAACUAUUCCGAAGACAACCCAAACCCAGCGACCCGCCCCCUGACCCUCCAACAUGGACACUAGAACAAUCCUUCUUCGCCCUCUCCGGCGGCUUCGCACUGCCCACCCCCUAUCUUCCCAAAACCCCAUACCUGACCUUCACGCCUCCAGCCCUGACUUUCCUCGCCAACCACGGUCUCCUCCCCCGCGCAACCCCCGAAGCCGUCACCGAUAAGUCGAAAUCCGACGCCAUCGCAAAGGCCCUCGUGUGCAUCCAAGCAGGCUGGUUUCUCGUCCAGUGCCUUGCCCGCGUGGCGCAAAAGCUGCCACUUACACUGCUUGAGGUGCACGUGCUGACACACGUGUUGUGUGCAUUUGCCAUGUACGUGGUGUGGUUGAGGAAGCCGUAUGAUGUGGGGAGUCCGAUUUUGUGCGAGGACGAGAGGGUCGCGGAAUGGGGCGCAUUCUGGGCGUUGGGGAUCCAAGGCCCGAUGAAGAACAUGACAGGCGAAGCAAUGCGCUGCCCGCUGCAACAAGACCACCCGCCCAUCCUCACACUCGCCCACGUCCAAUCCGCACACGAGAACCUACUCAACACAUCGUCUUCGAAACGAUACUCCCACGCUAUAUCAGCCUUCAUGGAGCUCGACGCCUCGACGCGGAAACGCAAACCCGCACCCGCACCGCGCAGUCCCUCCGGCGUCCCCGCAACGCCCUCGCAAACCCAGCACCUCGAUCUAGCCACCAACGGCCUCGCCUCCCUCGCCUCCCGCUCCAUCCACUUCCCCUUCGAAACAAACAUCGCUACCCCCAUCCCCGAAUCAACAUCUACAUCCACAUCUGAAUCACCGCUGCCAUCCAUAUCCCUCACCCUCCCAACCCGCUACCUAGUCCCCGCGCGCAGCAACCUCCUCAUCGACGGCAGCAACCACUCCAUGGACUCCCCCUCGCUCAUGACGCCCCACCACAUCUCCAUGCUAAAAACCUACUCCGCCAUGGCGACCCUCUACGGCGCCCUCCACCUCACAGCAUGGGCCUUCCGCUUCGCCACCCCAGCGGAGCAAUGGACGUGGCGCACCUCAGGGCUCAUCAUGGUCGGCGCGCCACUGAGCAGUCUAGCCCUGAUGGUGGGCAUGGCGGCGGAGGAUGGCCUGCGGCUGUGGAUCGAGGCGAGGCGCUGGAAGUGGGUGCGCUGCGUGGUUUGGCCGGUUAGGACUGCGCUGUUGGUCUUGCUUUAUGGGCUGGUGCUUUUGGUGAUGGUUUGCUGGGUGGGGUUUGUGGGCGCGAGGGUUUUUGUGCUGGGGGAGAGCUUUGCGGCGUUGAGGAGUGUGGAGGGCGCGGUUUAUGUUACGGUUGAGUGGAUGGAGUGGGUGCCGCAUGUUGGGUGAUAGAAAGGGAGGGGGGGGGAGUAGUGUUUAUUGAUUGAUUGAUGACUUUUACGUGUGUGUGUGUGGAUAAUGAAUGUUUUGUCAUGGUUAGAUUGUUUAGUGGGUUACAAGUUUCUGGAUCUGACAUGAGUGGUAGACAUGUGUUGUGAAGAAUAGAUUGAAGAAAUGAAAAAUUACCAGUAUUAAAAUCCAAAAGUCAGCACCGUGUGCAAGAA